AUGGGAAUUUCCAAGUCUCUCUUCACCUCUAUACCUGAUCUGGUAAUCAGUGGCAUUAACAAGAGCAGAAACUGUGGUUAUCACAUUAUUUAUUCAGGGUAUGUAGCAGGCGCCCGCGAAGCAUUUCUGCACAACGUACCUGCUGUUUCUAUAUCGUAUGACUGGUACGGUCCAGGAGGGAGGCGCAACGUUGACGAGUUUGCACUUGCAGCAGAGGCUUGCUUGCCUAUAAUCAGCGGUAUGUUGGAUGAGAUCAAGAAGAACACUUAUCCUCGAAACAGUUUUCUCAACAUAAAUGUUCCAGCAGAUGUGGUGAAUCAUAAGGGCUAUUGGCCAACCAAGCCGGGUAACAGCAUGAACAAAACUGGGUGGAGGCAAGUCGCUUCUCAGGCUCAAGGAGAGGAGAUGAUAUCAGCGAUGGUUGCAGCAGCACGUUCGUCCUCAAUCUCCGAACCAGAGGCAACGGACGCUACCAAAAACGAGCAUCUUCUGUUCAUAAGAAAACUCUUGGCGUUCCAGGUCGAAGAUGGUGGCACGGACUAUUCUUCGCUUCUGGAAGGAUACAUUAGUGUGAGUCCUCUAGCUGCUAUGUCUCCUGCUGAGGAAGAAAGCCACUCAUACUUUGCAGAGUGGCUGCCACUUCUCAAUCAAUGCUUCUCUUCUUCCACCAUUUGAACACAGAAGCUGCAAUUCUAGU